AUGAAAAUCCUGGCUUGGAACUGCCGGGGGCUGGCUAACCACCGGGCAGUUCGAGCGCUUCUGGAGGUCCAGAGGUGGGAGAAUCCAGAUGUUCUUUUUCUGUCUGAGACACAUCUGAGUAAAGCAAAGGCAGAAAACCUGAAACAAAAAGUGGGAUGUGAGAAGUUUGCCAUCCAUGAGAGCGAUGGUCGUAGUGGUGGUUUGUUGAUGCUCUGGAAGAAGGAGGUGGUGGUUAAACCGGUAAAUAUAUCCCAGUACUAUAUUGAUGUAGUAAUGGGAGAAGAAGAGGAGUGGCAUCUAACUGGGAUUUAUGGAGACCCCUACCAUAAAGAACAGACCUGGGAGGCGCUGAGAGAACUAAAAGAUAGCAUGAGCACGCUGCCAUGGCUGAUGAUGGAUGAUUUCAAUGAAAUUUUGCUUCACCAUGAAAAGGAAGGAGGCAGAGCAAGAUCACAAAGUCAACUACAAGACUUUCAAGAUGCUCUUGAUGAUUGUGGUCUAUUUGAUAUGGGGUAUACACGGGAUAUAUUCACCUGGCACCGGGGGAGGAUUAGGGAGCGGCUUGAUCGUGGUGUAAUUAAUGACCAAUGGAGAGAGAUGUUUCCCAAUGCUGAGCUAGUGAAUGGAGAGUACCUCAAGUUUGAUCACCGGCCUUUAAGUGUGAGGACUGAGAGUUUACAGGGGCACUAUCAGGUUAGUUGUACAAAACGUUUUGAAGCCAAAUGGUUGAAGGAAGAGACGGUGCAGGAGGUGGUGCAGACGGCCUGGGCGCGCGCAUCUGCACAAGGACAGGGAGGGCUCCUGAUGAGUAAGUUGAACCAGGUUCAAUCAGAGUUGCAUGAAUGGGAUAGGAAGGUGUUGAAGAAACCUGUCCAACGAAUGAAGAAACUUAGGAGAAAAUUGGAGGAAUUGAAGAAAGGAGAGCAGACUGUUGAGGCUGUGAAUGCCCAAAAGGAAAUCCUGCUCCAAAUUGAACUGCAACUAGAACAAGAGGAGAUAUAUUGGGUGCAAAGGGCACGUGCAAAUUGGCUCAAACAUGGGGACAGGAAUACUAAUUUCUUUCAUCGUUUUGCUUCAAGCCGCAAGAAGAGAAAUCUGGUGAAAGGUUUGGUGGAUGAUCAGGGAAUUUUUCAUGAGGAUAUUGACACAAUGGGGACGAUGGUGAAGGACUAUUUUGGUAUCUUGUUCACCAGAGAGGUCCUGGAUGUGGAGGAUGGGGUUCUGAAUGACAUGGAUAGGAGAGUCACAAAUGAAAUGAAUCAAGCUCUACUUGAACCUUUCACAAGAGAAGAGGUAAAGAAAGCUUUAUUUAGCAUUGGCGACCUGAAGGCCCCUAGCCCAGAUGGUCUCCACGCUAUCUUCUUCAAACGUUUCUGGAAAUUUGUGGAAGAUGAUCCUGUUGAAGAAGUGUUGGGAGCAAUUAACAAUGCAACUAUACCUAUGGGUUGGAAUAAUACAACCAUUGUUAUGAUUCCCAAGGUCGAUGAGCCUGAGAAGACAAAUAUCUGGGGCUACCAGCUAUGGUGGGAGCUGAUAGGAGCGACUGCUUCAGGCACUUAA